AGUGACUAAGACUUCUCCUCUGCUGCCCAUGGUGCAGGGAUAGCUGCCGUCUUCAGUCAACCCAAAGCUCUCCAAAGAGAAGGCUGGCUCUAGACAGGUGGUAUAUACAUGAUAGUAGAGUAACUGGCCAACUGCUUCUUGUGCUUAUAUUUAUUAUUUUUUUUUCUUACUCUGCAUUUUUUGAUUGUUUGUAUAUUUGGUAACCUGAGAGCGUUGAAGUUCUGAAAUUUUAUUUUAUUUUAAUGUUCUAUUUCUCUUAACUGUUAUAAUCUGGUGUGUUUCUUACAUGAUAAAGUGAAUUAAGGUGGGGUUUAAAUCUUUAAAAGGGAUGAAUUAACAACAAAAAAAAAUGAAUAGUUUGAAAGAUACAAUUAUCUCAAAUGUUUAAAUGAAAAAACUAGUACGUGUGUGAAGCUUGGACACAAAAUGUGAUAUUUAGAGACACUUCCCAGAAGCAUUGCAUGGAGCAGUGGAAUGGGAGUUCUGGACUGCCAGGAAUCUGCUGGUUAUGGAGGGAGGGAAUUACCCCAGUUGAGAAAGGGGUCAGAUGUUACAAUAACACAUCUGUGUGCUCGUGUUUGUUACUUCCAGUACCCAAAAACUGGUGGGUAUCCAGUAUAGUUGGUUUUUUGAAAUGUGCAUUUUUACAACAUUACCUUUUUCUUAAGCUAUUGUGACAAGGAUUCAUUUCCUCCUGUGUCUGACUGAGCCCGCAGGGCAGAUGUGCAGAGGCCAAACUUGGAAGCUGGCAUGGUUCUCAAUUUGGCAAAUCAGAAAAAAAAAGCUUCCAAAUGUUCCAAGCCACCCUUUCCUUUAUCACUCCUUUGGCCAAAAGGUUUGUGCUCUCUUUGUAGUGAGACAAGAGCAGGUUUAGAAGUUCCUUUCUCCCAGAAAGAUGAGCUGAUGGUCAAUGUUGCUUUUUUGAGGGCAGCAGUUGCUGUUUGUGUAAACAAGAAUUGAGGACAGCUGGGGCAGGUGGGAGUUGGAAACUCCUGGGAUUCCAAUCCCUGCUCUCUGUCCUUGUAAACAUUGCAGGUGCCUGGCCUGUGGUCUCUGCUUUGGAUAUCUUGGGGUCAGUGAAUCCUUGUAUACUGGGUACCCACAUGGUUAAUUAUUACCUUAAAGUAUUAUUUUAAGGACUUUUAUUAUGUCUGGUUUUAGUUUUUCUCCAUCUGACACUUUAUUGACAUAUGUGCUCCCAAGUCUAGAUCUUCUAAAGCACAUCAGCUGACAGAUUCACAGGAAUUUACUUUGUGUAUUUAAGAUUUAACAGCAUAAUGCUUCAUUGUACUGACUGGAAUAUGUGCAAUAUUUUACAGUUUUCUCAUUCUGUGAAUAUUCAUUUUAAGCAACCUUACUGAAAUGGGACAAUUUGGAAACCUUAUUUCAUGUGCCAAAGAGGAGAUCUGCCUGAGUACUGACUGUUCUCCUGAACUGAUGUUCCCAAACACCCUGAUUUCUCCUAUGGCUGACUUUUUGCAUCAAAAAGAAUUCUCUUCUGGAUGGAAACGGACCCUUAAAUGCCACUGGAAGUUGGCCUGUGCUGAAGAGGACUGCAUUUCAUGGGAGAACUGCUCCAGGAGCUGCAGCUUUUGCCAGACACCUGGUUCUGCCCUAUUGCAGGGGAACAUGUGAACCUAAAAUUCUAUAACUGAGUAUUUCUGAGCACACUGAACUACAUGAACGACAGCCUGAGAACAGAUGUCUUUGUGAGGUUCCAGCCAGAAAGCAUUGCCUGUGCCUGCAUUUACCUGGCAGCCAGGACACUGGAGAUCCCACUUCCAAAUCGCCCACAUUGGUUUUUACUGUUCGGAGCAACUGAGGAAGAAAUUCAAGAAAUCUGCUUAAAAAUCUUGCAGCUCUACACAAGGAAAAAGGUGGAUUUAUCUGAUCUGGAAAGUAAAAUAGAAAAGAAGAAAUUGGCUAUUGAAGAGGCAAAAGCACAAGCUAAAGGUCUGGUACCUGAGGGAGUUCCAAGCUUGGAUAACACAUCGGGAUUUUCCCCUAUCCCAAAAAAUGAGUCUCCAAAAGAGGUUAAAGGAAAUAAACCUUCACCGCUACCUGUGCAGGCCAUGAAGAAUGCUAAAAGGAAAACAGAGGGAGCCAAGAGAACCAGCUCCAACAGCCCAGUAAAUGGUGUCCAGAAAGGAAGAGAGAGCAGAAGUCGAAGUGGAAGCAGAGAUCAGAGUUACUCAAGGUCACCAUCGAGGUCUGCAUCCCCUAAGCACAGGAAAAGCGAGAGUUACUCCACGUCCAGCGGCUCCAAGUCGCACAGCCGCUCGCGGAGCCGCAGCGAUUCCCCCCCGAGGCAGUUCAACCACAGCUCCUCGGCCUACAAGGGUUCCAAGGUGCGGAGCUACAAGAAAUCCAAGGACUACAGCAAAUACUCGGCGCACAAGGCGCGCAAGUCGCGCUCGCGCAGCUCGUCCCGCUCGCGCAGCCGCUCCCGCGAGCGCUCCGACCACUCGGGCAAGUACAAGAAGAAGAGCCACUACUACCGCAACCACCGGCACGAGCGCUCCCGCUCCUACGAGCGCGCUGGGCACCGCUACGAGCGCGAGCACCCCGGGCACAGCCGGCACCGCCGGUGAGCCCCGGGCUGCUCCCGGGGGGGAUCGGCGCUGCUGAGCCCCCAGAGCUGCUCCCGGGGGGGAUCGGCGCUGCUGAGCCCCCAGAGAUGCUCCCGGGGGGAUUCCUGCUGGUGAGCCUGGCUGGGGCUGCUCCCGGGGGGAAUUGACACUGCUGAGCCCUGCUGGAGCUGCUCCCGGGGGGAAUUGACACUGCUGAGCCCUGCUGGGGCUGCUCCUGGGGGGAUUCCUGCUGGUGAGCCUGGCUGGGGCUGCUCCUCUGGGGAAUUGUCACUGCUGAGCCCUGCUGGGGCUGCUCCUGGGGGGAUUCCUGCUGGUGAGCCCCGGGGAGAUUCCUGCUGGUGAGCCCCGGGCUGCUCCCAGGGGGGAUCAGCACUGCUCAGCCCCCAGAGCUGCUCCCGGGGCGAGUUGGCACUGCUGAGCCUGGCUGGGGCUGCUCCCGGGGGGAUUCCUGCUGGUGAACCUGGCUGGGGCUGCUCCUCUGGGGAAUUGUCACUGCUGAGCCCUGCUGGGGCUGCUCCCAGGGGGAUUCCUGCUGGUGAGACUGGCUGGGGCUGCUCCCGGGGGGGAUCGGCGCUGCUGAGCCCUGCUGGGGCUGCUUCCCGAGGGAAUUCCUACCAGUGAGCCCCCAGAGCUGGUCCCAGGGGGUUUGGCACUGCUGAGCCCUGCUGGGGCUGCUCCCAAGGGAAUUCCUGCCAGUGAGCCCCCAGGGCUGCUCCUGGGGGGGAUUGGCACUGGUGAGCCCUGCUGGGGCUGCUCCCAAGGGAAUUCCUGCCAGUGAGCCCCCAGGGCUGCUCCUGGGGGGGAUUAGCACUGGUGAGCCUGGCUGGGGCUGCUCCCUGGGGGAAUUGUCACUGCUGAGCCCCCAAAGCUGCUCCCGGGGGGAAUUCCUGCUGGUGAGCUCUCAGCCUGCUGGGGCAGCUCUGAAGUGAGCCUCUCAAGCUGCUGGGGCAGCUUCCCAAGGGAAUUCCUGCCAGUGAGCCCUGCUGGGGCUGCUUCCCAAGGGAAUGCCCACCAGGGCUGCUUUCUGAGGGAUUUCCCUCCAGCACCCCGGGCACAGUUGGUGAGAGAUGGGGCUGCUUCCCUCCAGAAUUCCCUCUGGCACCACUGGCAAACCAGGGCUGCUUCCCUCGGAAUUCCCUCUGCCAGCAGAGCUCGUUCCCCGUGGCUUGUGCAGGGUUAAUCUGGCUAGUGAACCCCCCCUGGCUCGAGGCAGCAGUUUGUGCUCAUCCAUGAAUCCAAAGGAAAGGCUGACAGGGUGGGAAGUGAUGUCAGGACACCCUGUGCCGGGGUGUCACUGUCACCCUCACCCUUGGAGCUCCUGUCCUGCUCCAGGAUUUCCAUCCCUGUCACAGUGCAGUGUUUGGGGCUUCCAGUCCUGCAGGCAGCCCAUCCUUGGAAUGCUGAGCCCGGCAGUUCUUCCCUGUGGGACUGGAAAGCUCCUCAUCCCCCUGGGAGUGCUUUGGUGCUAACAAUGCCCUCUUUUCAUGCUGGCUCGGUGAUGUUGUACAGGUGGGAGGUGACUUUUUUUUUUAGACCCAUUGCCUAUAUUAGGUUCUCUGUGUAUAUAUAUUUUGCAGUGUUACAGUACAGUAUGGGAAAAUGGCCUUCCUAGCCUUUACACUUUACCCACAAUGUAAAUAAGCAUUUGUUUAAUACAGGUGAAGAUAUCUACGGAAAAUUCAAAACUUGAAUUCUAUCAACAACAAAAAAAAAAAAAAAAAGACUUGUGUAGAAAAUUCUGAUAAAUGUGAAAGUAUUUAGCUCUGUGCAUUGAGAGUAGUAUAUUUUUAUCUGUGCAAUGCUGUGUGCAGGCCACCAGCUCAGAAGACAUUUCCUAUAUAUCCAUUUGAAGUGGUUGAAAAUUCUUUACUCAGGAUCUUUGACACUCUGAAGAAUUCGUAGUUUGUCAGUCUGCAUGCUUGAUGAACAGAGCAUUUAAAAACCAAUUAGCAGAGCCCCACAGCCCAGUACUAUCAGUUCUAGUGGUAUAUCUGAGCUGUUACUCUCAUGCUCCCUAAUUUCAUUAAAGUAUUUGAUUUUCUAUUA